GGACACACGGCCCCUCUCUGUGCCCCAGGGGAGCCGGCAGUGGGGAGCUAGUUUAACCCCCCAAGCGUGUCAUCGCUGCCUCAGCUGCCACGUGCCGACCUGGCUAGCGGGUGUCUAACAUCCCCGGCCGUGGCCCCGCCCCCGUUUCAUUUCCAGGAGCAGGCAGGUGGCAGCGGCUACAAGAUGGUGUUUGUGGUAAAUGCAGAGCUCGCCAUGAGCGCUGGGAAGAUAGCAGCCCAGGUUGGACAUGCAGCUGUUGGCCUGUACCAGUUAAUGCAGGAGCAAGCCGCAGGGAGGGAGCUGAUCUGCCAGUGGGAUGAAUGUGGUGCAAAAAAGAUUGUAGUUCAAGGAUCAAAUACUGCUCACCUGAUGGAUCUGCAAGCUUUGGCUUUGAGCCUGGAACUGCCAAUGUACCUAGUGCAGGAUGCAGGGAGGACACAGGUUCCAGCUGGGUCAUACACAGUCCUUGCCAUUAUUGGAGAAGAAGAAAUGGUGAAUCAGGUGACCGGGAAUCUGAGGCUGUUGAACUGAGAGCAGCAACAAUGCCUAAUCAUUUAUGCUGUCCUGGAUUACAUGCUAUGGAAUUGGCAAGCAAUGUGUAUGCAAUUUGGAGAAAGAAGUACCUGUUAACAGCAUCUCAGGCCCUUCAGUGAGUCGUGGAAAACACCAGAUAGCUGCUCUCCUUUCUGGCAGCUGGAGCUGCAAGAGGCAUGGUGAUGGGAUGAGGAGGCAGGCACUCUUCCUGCCUCUUGAAGGCGUCUGUCUCGCUAGACCAGGACUGUCAGAGUAUUGCUCCUCUACUACAGGUGGAUUAGAGAGAUUGCUGCACAGUUCAGUCUCUAGCUUCUCCUAGAAAUUGUCUGGAAGAACAAGGCUAGCAUUUUUUUUAAAAACGUAUUUAUGAACAAGAUGAAGUUUUGACAGAUACCUUGCCUUUUCUUGACAUCUGUGUGGUGAGCUUGUGGCUUUGUUCAUUCCCACUGUCAAUACACUCUGAAAUUUUAGUCUUAUUGAAAUCGAGGCCAUGUGCACUGCUAUGCUGAGAACGUGGGUUUUUUUAUUUUUGUAGACGGAUGUGUAUGUCAUGCCUAACACAUGGGGUUUCAAAUAUUGUAUGAUUAAAUGGAUAAGAGCAUUCCCAGUUAUUUUCGGUAGGCUUAUGGGCUUUAGGUAGAUCUGAAGGGAGAAUAAACCCUCUUGAGAGCUAGGAAGAAAUUUCCUCAAUGGGUAGUUAUUGAAUAGUUGCUUGCUACAGGAAUUUCUUACACUUGUGGGCAGUCCCAGAGACUGUAGGGCAUAGGCUAUAGGAUUAAAUAGAUCUUUGGCUUGGGAGUUCCUAUCCUCCUAAAGCCUGUUCUGGUAAUAAACUGAAUAAUGGCAGUGGUGCAGGUUUGAUUGUAUUACAAAACGCACUGUUGAAAUAAUUACUUGGCAUGAUUGAAAGUAGUCUUUCAAUUAGGAUUUAUAUUUCACAUUCAGGAGGGGAGGGGGAUAACUCCCUACUUCAAACAACCUCACUUGGGGUCUUGGUUGUGGUUUUGUAGCACAUGUGCUUAGAUGGAAUUUCUAGGGAACUUCAUUUAAACCAGUUGGAAGAGACUAGCUCUGGGUGCUUGGGUAACAGUGGCUUUUAGUUGUGUAGGCUUGACAGAUUGUCUGAUAGAUACUGGCCCAUGGCAGCAGCUUCCAGGUAUACAUGUGUGUCUAUUCUUUUCACCUAGAACACCUUCAUGCCAAGUGCACCUUUCAUUCGGUAAGGUGCAGAGGCAGCAGCAUGGGAGGGAGGGGGAGCAUGUAUAGUCAUGAAGGUUAACCAGUGAGCCCAGAGUCCUCCGUUAACCAUUUACACUUUCAUACCCUUCGUGUCCAUGUUCCAGACUAGAAUAGAUCACACAAGCUGUUAAGGGAUCAGCCACGUUUGUGGGUGUAUCAGACACACAGAAACUGGCUGAUAUCAGGAAUGACUUUUAAUGCAAACACUGGUGUUAAGCACGCAGGCUAGGUCUAGAAUGCGGCUUUUUUUGCCCUUUUUUUUUUUUUUUUCAGAAGAGGCUUUUCCGCUAUUGGCCCCAUCUAGAUGUGGUAUACAGGGCUCCCCAAAAGCGCACGUUUGCUCUUGUGCGGGGGGGAGGGGGGGGGAGAUCAAAAUGCGUUCUUUGGACACGGUUUUUAUAGGCUACCUCGUAGCCCCAAUUAACAAGUAAUAAGUAAUGUUUGUUGUUUAUAGUGCGUAGCAGUUACCUAACUGCUAUCUGUUUUCUGAUUUGUGUCUUAAUUUAAGGAGGGAAGAUGGAAGGUUUGUGAAUGAGAACUGAUGGGUGUCCUUUGAAGAAGAUAUUUCCUCUAUAAGAAUAGGAGGCACCUUACAGAGCAGUGGAAUAGCAUUAUUCUCUUCUAUUCUAGUUCUGCCAGUUUCUCCCUGUUUGCUCACUAUCUUUAGAAAUAGAGGCUGUCUGUAUGCCUUGAUUUACUGAGUAAUGCUGCAGAAUAACUAUACAACUUACAUUGCACCAGUAGCCAGAGGCUCCCAGGGCAGAGCUGGAGCCUCAUUUAAACGGGGUAUGGUACAAACCUGACCUGAUCCCUGUCCCACAGAGGCAUUUCCUUUUUGUUGUACUGUUCUGAAUUUGACUGUUAAAAUUUGGUUUUGUCUUCAGAAAGAGCAUACACUAUCCCACAGCUACUUUGUUUCUUCCAGUUCCCUUCUUCCCCCCCCAAAAAAGGGGAGUACGGUUCCUAUAGUUGCCUGGCUUAGUCAGCAUUCACUUUUGUGUCUGACCUAGGUAAUGCAGGAAAUGCUGUUGUGGAUUCUCCACCUGGUUUGGCUGAGACUCUGGGAAAAGGAGAGAGAACUUCCUAGUUCAGUGUGGUCCUGAAGUAACUGCAUGUUGAUUUGAAUGAGUGCCUGUUUUGAACAUACCUGAUUAAAAAAUGGUGCUACUGAA